CGAGCGCGGCGCGGGCGGGCGCACUUUCUCCUCGGCGCCGGGCGGGGGCGGCGGCUCCUCAGCCCGCGGACCCUUCGCCAGACGCCGCGCGGCCCGGGCGCUCUGGCCGCGGGGGCGCCGGGGGCGGCGCGACAGGACUCUCGGGCGGACAACUUCUCCCCGCCGCGCCCUCCGCGCCCGCCGCACCUGGAGCCCGUGGCGCGCGGGAGCCGCCUCCCUCCGUCCCGCGCGGGGCCGAGGCCGGGCCGGGCGGCGGCCGCUCAGCAUGGCCCGGGGCGCGCGGCGGGCGGCGGGCGGCGGCGCGGCGGGCCCGGGGCGGCCGCGGGGGUCCCUGCCCGGCCCCGAGCGGCGGCGGCGGCCCCGCGGAGCCCGGGAGGCGCCCGAGAGCCGCGAAGAGGACGCGGGGGAGCGCGGCGGGCGGCCGGCGACAAAGUUGAUCGCGGGCCGGCGGCGCGGAUGGUGGGCGCUCCUGGCGCUGCAGCUGCACUUGCUCCGGGCGCUGGCGCAAGAGGACGUUGUGCCGUAUUUUAAGACGGAGCCGGGCCUGCCGCAGACGCACCUGGAGGGCAACCGCCUGGUCCUCACCUGCCUGGCCGAGGGCAGCUGGCCCCUGGAGUUCAAGUGGCUGCGCAAUGACAGCGAGGUCACCGCCUACAGCAGCGAGUACAGGUACGUGAUCCCGGCGCUGCGGCGGCUGGACGCGGGCUUCUACCGCUGCGCGGUGCGGAACCGGCGGGGCGCGCUCCUGCAGAGAAGAUCGGAGGUCCACGUCGCGUAUAUGGGCAGUUUCCUGGCUGGAGAGCAGAGGAAGACGGUGCCCGAGGGACAGGCGGCCGUCCUGGACCUGCCGCCCCUCCACAGCUACCCCAGGCCCCAGGUGACCUGGUUCCGAGAAGGACACAAGAUCAUUCCCAGCGACAGAAUAGCCAUCACGCGGGAGAGUCAGCUGGUGAUCCUGGCGGCGAGCGCGGGCGACGCGGGGGCGUACUACGUGCAGGCCGUCAACGAGAGGAGCGGCGAGAACAGGACCAGCCCGCCCGUCCACCUGAGCAUAAUCCGGGACGGCGCUGCGCCCGAAGCCACGGCCCCCGUCAUCGUGACCGCCCCGGGCAACCGCAGUGUGCUGGCCGGGUCCAGCGAGGUCACCCUGGAGUGCAUAGCGAAUGCCAGGCCCCUGGAGGAGCUGCGUGUGAGCUGGAAGAGGAAUGGGGUGACCCUCACCCGCGGGCUCCGCAGCUUCGGGAGGCGCCUCACCAUCAGCACCCCGACCUCCGCUAACACCGGCGAGUACGUCUGCGAGGCAGCGCUGGCCGGGAGCACGGCCGAACCAGCCCGAGCAAAAGCCUUCCUCUCCAUCACAGAGCCACCGUACUUCACUGCUGAGCCCGCGAGUCGGAUUGUGGUGGAAGUGGAGGAGACCGUGGACAUGGCGUGUGAAGCGAUGGGGGCACCGCCGCCCAGGCUGCAGUGGUACAAGGACGCCCUGCCGCUCAGCCAGCUCCAGGACCCGCGCUACCGGCUGCUCCCAGGCGGCCUGCGCAUCGAGCGGCUGCGUCCCCGCGACUCCGGCAUCUUCCAGUGCUUUGCCAGCAACGAAGGGGGCGAGGUGCAGACCUCCACCUACCUGGACGUCACCAAUGUCGCGCCAGCCUUCACUCAGCUUCCGGGCGACACCACGGUCACAGAUGGGAUGACGGCCACGCUGAGGUGCGAGGUGUCCGGGGCGCCCAGACCCGCCAUCACCUGGAGGAGAGGAAGCCACGUGCUGGCCAGCGGCUCCGUGCGGAUUCCCAGGUUCAUGCUGCUGGAAUCGGGGGGCCUGCAGAUCAGCCCCGUCUUCAUCCAAGAUGCCGGCACCUACACCUGCUACGCAGCCAACACGGAGGGGUCCCUGAACGCGUCGGCCACGCUCACCGUGUGGAAUCGGACGUCCAUCGUCACGCCCCCUGAGGACCGCGUGGUGAUCAAGGGGACCACGGCCACGCUGCGCUGCGGAGCCACGCACGACCCCCGCGUCUCCCUCCGCUACGUGUGGAGGAAGGACGACGUGGUCCUCGCCCCGCCCAGCAGCUCCCGGAUCGUAGUGGAGCCGGACGGGUCCCUGCUCAUCAGCCAGACGUGGUCGGGCGACAUCGGAGACUACACCUGCGAGAUCGUCUCUGAGGGCGGCAGCGACUCCCGGACGGCCCGGCUGGAGGUGAUUGAGCUGCCGCACCCCCCGCAGAACCUGCUGGCCCGCCUGGACGCCGCGCACAGCCACGCCGUGCUGCUGAGCUGGGUGCGCCCCUUCGACGGGAACAGCCCGGUCCUGCGCUACGUGGUGGAGCUGUCGGAGAACAACUCUCCGUGGAAAGUGCACCUGGCGGACGUCGGCCCCGAGAUGACAGGCGUGGCCGUGCGCGGCCUGACUCCCGCUCGCACCUACCAGUUCCGCGUGUGCGCCGUGAACCAAGUGGGCAAGGGCCAGUACAGCGCGGAGACGAGCAGGCUGAUGUUGCCGGAAGAGCCGCCCAGUGCGCCCCCGAAAAACAUAGUGGCCAGUGGGCGCACCAACCAGUCCAUCAUGGUGCAGUGGCAGCCGCCCCCCGAGACGGAGCACAACGGGGUGCUGCGCGGCUACAUCCUCAGGUACCGCCUGGCGGGGCUGCCGGGGGAGCACCAGCAGCGCAACAUCUCCAGCCCCGAGGUCAACUACUGCCUGGUGACCGAGCUCAUCGUGUGGACGCAGUACGAGAUCCAGGUGGCCGCCUACAACGGCGCCGGCCUGGGCGUCUUCAGCCGGGCGGUGGCCGAGUACACGCUCCAGGGAGUGCCCACCGCGCCCCCCCAGAACGUGCAGGCGGAAGCGGUGAAUUCCACGACCAUCCGCUUCCUGUGGAACCCCCCGCCCCAGCAGUUCAUCAACGGCAUCAACCAGGGAUACAAGCUCCUCGCAUGGCCCGCCGACGCCCCGGAGUCCGUCACCGUGGUCACCAUCGCGCCGGACUUCCACGGAGCGCACCACGGCUACAUCAGCCACCUGCGGAAGUUCACGGCCUACUUCACGGCGGCCCUGUGCUUCACCACGCCCGGCGACGGGCCCCCCAGCGCGCCCCGGCUCGUCCGCACCCACGAGGACAGGCCAGGAACUGUGGGGCACCUGAGCUUCACGGAGAUCCUGGACACGUCCCUCAAGGUCAGCUGGCAGGAGCCGCUGGACAAGAACGGCGUCAUCACAGGCUACCGGAUUUCCUGGGAGGUUUACGGAAGGAACGACUCUCGGCUCACAGACAUGCUCAACAGCACGACGCACGAGUACAAGAUCCAGGGCCUGUCUUCGCUCACCACCUACACCAUCGACGUGGCUGCCCUCACCGCCGUGGGCGCCGGCCUGGCCACCUCGUCCACCAUUUCCUCGGGCGUGCCCCCAGAGCUUCCCGGCGCCCCGUCCAACCUGGUCAUCUCCAACAUCAGCCCUCGCUCAGCCACCCUGCAGUUCCGGCCGGGCUACGACGGGAAGACGGCCAUCUCCAGGUGGCUCGUGGAGGGGCAGGUGGGAGCCAUUGGUGACGAGGAAGAGUGGGUCAGCCUGUACGAGGAGGAGAAUGAGCCUGAUGCCCAGACACUGGAGAUCCCAAACCUCACACCCUACACUCAUUACAGGUUCCGGAUGAGGCAGGAGAACGUGGUAGGGGCCAGCCCCUUCAGCCAGUCCUCCCGGGUCAUCCAGACGCUGCAGGCCCCCCCGGACGUGGCUCCGUCCAGCGUCACCGUCCGGACCGCCAGCGAGACCAGCCUGCGGCUGCGCUGGGUGCCCCUGCCCGAUUCCCAGUACAAUGGGAACCCCGAGUCGGUGGGCUACAGGGUCAAGUACUGGCGCCCGGACCUGCGGGCCCCCGCGCGGGCGCACGUCGUCAGCGACCGGCUGGAGAGGGAGCUGACCAUCGAGGAGCUGGAGGAGUGGACGGAGUACGAGGUGCAGGUGCAGGCCUUCAACGCCAUCGGGGCCGGGCCCUGGAGCGAGGUGGUGCGCGGCCGCACGCGGGAGUCAGUCCCCUCGGCCGCCCCUGGGAACGUGUCCGCCGUGGCGGUCAGCUCGACCCAGAUCCUGCUGACAUGGGCCUCGGUGCCCGAGCAGGACCAGAACGGCCUGAUCCUGGGCUACAAGAUCCUGUUCCGGGCCAGAGACCUGGACCCCGAGCCCAGCAGCCACGUGGUGCGCGGCAACCACACGCAGUCGGCGCUCCUGACCGGCCUGCGCAAGUUCGUGCUGUACGAGCUGCAGGUGCUGGCGUUCACGCGCAUCGGCAACGGGGUGGCCAGCGCGCCGCUGGUCCUGGAGCGGACCAAGGACGACGCCCCAGGCCCCCCGGUGAGGCUGGUGUUCCCGGAAGUGAGGCUCACGUCGGUGCGGAUUGUGUGGCAGCCGCCGGAGGAGCCCAACGGCAUCAUCCUGGGGUACCAGAUCGCCUACCGCCUGGCCCGCAGCAGCCCCCACACCUUCACCACGGUGGAGGUCGGUGCCACGGUCCGGCAGUUCACGGCCACCGAGCUGGCCCCUGAGUCGGCAUAUACCUUCCGGCUGUCGGCCAAGACCAGGCAGGGCUGGGGGGAGCCGCUGGAGGCCACCGUCAUCACCACCGAGAAGAGAGAGCGGCCGGCUCCCCCCAGGCAGCUGCGGGUGCCCCAGGCGGAGGUGACGGCCCGCAGCCUCCAGCUCCAGUGGGUCCCGGGCAGCGACGGGGCCUCCCCCAUCCGCUACUUCACCGCGCAGGUGCACGAGCUGCCCAGGGGGCCCUGGCAGACCUACUCCUCGUCCAUCAGCCACGAGGCCACAGCCUGCGUGGUGGAAAGGCUGAGGCCCUUCACCUCCUACAAGCUGCGCCUGAAGGCCACCAACGACAUCGGGGACAGUGACUUCAGCGCCGAGACGGAGGCGGUGACCACGCUGCAGGAUGUUCCGGGGGAGCCUCCAAGUUCUGUCUCAGUGACGCCCCACACCACCUCCUCCGUCCUGGUCCAAUGGCAGCCCCCGAGUGACGAGAGCCUGAACGGCCUCCUGCAGGGCUACCGCAUCUACUACCGGGAGCUGGAGCCCGAGGCGGCCGCGGGGCCCGAGUCCGCCGCGCUCAAAACCGCAUCGGCCUUCCGGAGCGAGCUCACAGCCGCCAGCAGCUUCCAGACCGUGAACAGCAGCUCCACGCUGACCACGUACGAGCUGACGCAGCUGAAGAAGUACCGGCGCUACGAGGUGAUCCUGACGGCCUACAACGUCAUCGGGGAGAGCCCGGCCACCGCGCCCGUGGAGGUCUUCGUCGGCGAGGCCGCGCCGGCCAUGGCCCCGCAGAACAUCCGGGUGACCCCGCUCACGGCCAGCCAGCUGGAGGUCACGUGGGACCCGCCGCCGCCGGAGAGCCAGAACGGGAACGUGCAGGGCUACAAGAUCUACUACUGGGAGGCGGGCGGCCAGAACGACACGGAGAAGGUGAAGGUGCUGUUCCUGCCCGAGACCGUGGUGAAGCUGAAGAACCUGACCAGCCACUCCCGCUACCUGGUCAGCAUUUCCGCCUUCAACGCCGCCGGAGACGGGCCCAGGAGCGAGCCCCGGCCGGGGCGCACCCACCAGGCGGCGCCCGGCAGCCCCAGCUUCUUGGCCUUCUCGGAAGUCAGCUCCACGUCGCUGAACGUGUCCUGGGGCGAGCCGGCGGCCGCCAACGGCAUCCUGCAGGGCUACCGCGUCGUCUACGAGCCCUUGGCGCCCGUGCAAGGGGUGAGCAAGGUGGUGACGGUGGACGUCCAGGGCAACGGGCAGCGCUGGCUGAAGGUGCGGGACCUCACCAAGGGCGUGACCUACUUCUUCCGCGUCCAGGCGCGGACCAUCGCCUACGGGCCCGAGCUGCAAGCCAACGUCACGGCCGGGCCGGCCGCGGGCUCCCCGGGGCCCCCGAGAGACGUCUUGGUCACCAAGUCCACCUCCGAGCUGACCCUGUGGUGGACGGAGGGCCAUGCCGGCGGGGCGCCCACCACGGGCUACGUCAUCGAGGCCAGGCCCUCAGACGAAGGCCUGUGGGACACGUUCGUGAAGGGGCUCCCGCAGAGCGCCACGUCCUACCGCGUGGGCCUGGGCAGGCUCCGGCCCGGCGUGACCUACGAGUUCCGGGUGGUGGCCGUGAACCCGGUGGGCUACGGGGAGCCCAGCAGCCCAUCCGCAGCCGUGUCAGCGCAAGCGGACACCCCGUUCUACGAGGAGUGGUGGUUCCUGCUGGUGAUGGCGCUGUCCAGCCUGCUCAUCCUGCUGCUGGUGGCCCUCGCCCUGGUGCUGCGCGGGCAGAGCCGGGGGCACCGGAGCUGCGGCACAGGGAAGAGCGUCGCCCACAUGGAGGAGUCUGUGACCCUGGACAACGGGGCCUUCGCCGCCUUGGAGCUCAACAGCCGCCACCUCAGCGUGAAGAACACCUUCUCCAAGAAGAACGGGUCCAGGUCCCCGCCCCGGCCCAGCCCCGGCGGCCUGCACUACUCGGACGAGGACCUGAGCAGCAAGUACAACGGGGCGGUGCUGAGCGAGAGCGUGCACCUGGCGGAGAAGGCGGAGGGCGCGUCGGAAUCCGAGGGCACCGACUCGGAGUCGGAGGACGCGCCCCCCCAGCACUCCUUCGUCAACCACUACCUGAGCGACCCCACCUACUACAGCUCCUGGAAGCGGCAGGCCCCGGGCGGGCGGGCGGCCCCGCACAGGUACGAGGCGGGGGCGGGGGGCGAGGGCCCGCUGCUGCACACCGUGGUCACCACCCAGAGCGCCGUGUUCGCGCCCGCGGCCCCCGGCGCCCGGACUCCGCUCACCGGCUUCUCCUCCUUCGUGUGACGCCGCCGCGGGACCUCAGAGGCUGUUGUGUUCGGACGGCAGCUCCAGUGACAGCUCCCCUCCUGCUCCCGGGGCCGGCGGGCGAGCAGCUCGGCCCUGAACGCGGGCCCCCGGCGGGGUCAGGGGGGGCUCCG